CGUGUAUCAAGACAUGCCUCCUUAUGUGCCUCGGAAAAGGCUAAGAGUGUCCACGCCUGAAACUGCGGCCACCGAGGAUGAGAGCGCCAGUGGAGUGAAAUCCAAGGCGAGUAAUAGCCGAAGGAGAACGCUGUAUGACGACCUGGAUUCGUCGCACACACCAGGCGGUUCAGAUUCCCUUCUCCAAGGCCUUGGAGGCGAUGAUAGUGACAGCCCUCUGUCCUCGUUGUCAGACAGCGACUUCGAAGAUGUUCCUAUUGCGAAAAAGCAGAUGACGGAGGGCUCUGGUGAUGCCGAUGAAGAUGAUGAGGACGAUGACAUCGAAUUUGAGGAUGUCGAAGCUCCUCAGCAGCCAACGCUAGAUGUGCCAGUGCCGUCAGGCGAUCUUGAGCUGACUUUGAUCCGGGACACUCGAAUAUCUCUGACGAAUCCAUUUGGAGACAAAAAAGGGCCCUCGAAGCGAGAGCGGAAAGUCCGGAAUGCGACCCAUUGCGUUCACGUUCUCUGUCUUUUAUGGCAUAAUGCGGUUCGGAAUUCCUGGAUUUGCGAUCCUGAAGUGCAAGCGAUCAUGGUUUCUCAUGUCCCGCCUAGGCUCUGGGAUGAAGUUGAUCGAUGGAGACGUAACAGUGGCUUGGUAGACAGCCGACCAACACCCAAGGAAAAGGCGAAAAGGAGAAGAGGCGCGAAGCAAGAGUCUCGGGACUGGAGUGGAACUGCUAAGCGGCUCGAAGAGGGAGCCAUCGAUAUGAGCCACGGAGAUCCUCUGUUCCGAUUUAUGAAGUCGUUAGUCGCCUGGUGGAAACAACGAUUUCGAAUCUCGGCACCUGGCCUCCGGAAAUGGGGCUACAUGUCACUGGAACGUCUUGAUAGACUCACAAAGGCGUAUGUAGAUCAUGAAGACGACCAUGAAGAAUUUGGUGAGCGGUUGAAAGGGAUAGAUGAUUUUCGACAAUGCGCCAUCAACUGCAAAGGCAGCAGAGACGUUGGAGCUCAACUAUUUACUGCACUUCUUCGGGGCUUGGGAGUUGAUGCUCGGAUGGUCGCCAGCCUGCAACCCUUGGGCUUUGGGUGGAAUAAGCUGGAGGACGCAGACGCAGAGGAAGAGGAGAAGAAGGAAAACACGCCUGCGAAGUCUACGAACAAGAAAAAGUCUGGAAAGACUCCAGCGGCAGAAAAAACUGUCAAAAAUAAAGUGACAGAAAAGCCAGAAGCCAACAGCACCCCAUCACGGUCAGCGCGUUCUUCUACAAAGCUAUCCACUCCUCCAACCGAAGACGCUGAAGAUGACUUGGAAUUGGAGUACAAGGAUACAGACGAUGAGUCUGUCGAAAUUGAUCUUACACCAAAGGCCAAAUCUAUAUAUACGAAAAAGUUCGAUAAUGAUUUGGAAUAUCCACAUUACUGGACCGAGAUAUUAUCGCCUGCUACGAAAAAGUACCUAUCAGUCGAUCCGAUUGAAAAGGGGACUGUCGCCGUAAAUAGAGACCUUGUCGAGACAUUCGAACCUCGCGGCGCUAAAGCAGAUAGGGCAAGACAAGUCAUUUCUUACGUCGUGGGCUAUUCAUGGGAUGGAACCGCGAAAGAUGUUACUGUACGUUAUUUGAAACGGCAGGUUCUUCCCGGCCGAUCCAAAGGCGUGAGAAUGCCGCUGGAGAAAAUUCCAAUCUACGAUCGCCAUGGAAAGGUAAAAAGAUAUGAAAUGAUGGACUGGUUCAAGACGGCCAUGUCCGGAUAUAGGAGAGGAGAUAAGAAGCAUCCCUUGACGGAAGUUGAUCAGCAAGAAGACGCAGUAGACUUGAAGCCGGCAAAAGCAGAGAAGAAGGAGGUAAAAGAAGGCGAGGAGACACUGCAGUACUAUAAACAGUCGAAAGAGUUUGCGCUAGAGAGGCACCUCAAACGCGAAGAGGCUCUAAGGCGAGGUGCGGAACCAGUCAGAAUAUUCAAAAAUAAAGGAAAGGGCGGCAAAGUCGAGGAAGAAGAUGUUUAUCUUCGGUCAGAUGUUGUUCUGGUCAAAAGCGCGGAAACCUGGCAUAAACAAGGCCGAGCUCCACUUGCUGGUGAAGAGCCUCUGAAGAGAGUUCCGUAUCGAGCAGCUACAUUAAAUCGAAAGAGAGAAAUUUUAGAAGCCGAAGCAAUGACUGGGCAGAAGGUUCUGCAGGGGUUAUACAGUUUCGAUCAGACUGACUGGAUUAUACCGCCGCCCAUCAAGGACGGCGUUAUUCCCAAGAAUGAAUACGGGAACAUCGAUCUGUUUGCUGAGCAUAUGUGUCCUGAGGGUGCAGUGCAUGUGCCAUUCAGGGGCGUAGGCAAAGUUUGCAAGAGACUCGGGAUCGAUUACGCAGAAGCCGUAGUAGACUUUGAAUUUGGCCACAGAAUGGCUGUUCCCGUGAUCCAAGGAGUCGUUAUUGCGCAAGAACACCACGAUAGAGUGAUGGUCGAGCUAGAGAAAGAUGAGGCUGAACGAGUGAGGAAAGAGGAUGAGAAAAGACGCAAAGCGGCUCUUGGCAAAUGGCGAAAGUUUCUCAUGGGGAUGCGUAUCGUGGAGAGAAUUCGCCAGGAAUACGGCGAAGUCGACGAGAGUGUCUCUGUGUUUGGCCAUUCCCGAGGAAAGAUGCAAGUAGAUGAGCCACCAAAAGUUCAUGACGAAGAAAUGGCGGGCGGAUUUCUGCCAGAAGGCUAUGAGGAAGAUGGUGAAGACCACCGGGCGCAUGAGACAUCGAACUUCUUUCCCUCGCUCGAAGAAGAUGAUCACGGUGGAGAUGGAGAUCUCGUUAUGGAAGAUGAUGGUGGUGCUGCCACGAGCGAAGCGCAAACUGAAACGGAAACUCUGGUGGACGCUAAAGGGAAAAAACGUGUGGCGCCGAAAGUGUAUAAGCCACAAACAACACGCCGGAAGAAACGAGUUAUUGAUGGUGAAGAUGAAGAUGAUCAUGAGGAUGAUGAUUGAAGCGAUGAGAAUGAUGGAUGAUGAUUUAGAUGGAAGUUUAGCAUGUGAUGAUUUCUGAAAAGUUGGGAUAUGCUUUGGGCCUUUGAGGUGUACUACGACGGUGGGAUAUAGAGCCUUUUUUUUUUUUUUUUUUGGCAUGUGCCGAG